UUAUUUUGUGCUAAAAACAUAUUACAAACAAUUUCUUGUUUUACAAUUCCAAGAAAAGAAAAAAAAUAUCAAUUUGCUCAUAGUGUCGACAUGGUGUGCCCAAAUAGCAAUCCAUUAGUAGAAAAAGUAUGUGAAUUAUAUGAGCAAAUUUCAAGAUUGGAGAACCUUAGCCCUUCCAAAGAUGUCAACAUAUUGUUCACAGAUCUUGUCCACACGUGCAUGCCUCCUAAUCCCAUUGAUGUCUCUAAGCUCUGUCAAAAAAUUCAACAAAUUAGGUCUCAUCUCAUCAAACUAUGUGGUCAAGCUGAAGGACUUUUAGAGUCACACUUUUCUAAAAUUCUUGCCUCAUAUGAAAACCCCCUUCAACAUCUUCACAUUUUUCCAUAUUUUGACAAUUACAUCAAACUCAGUUUACUUGAGUACAACAUCUUUACUAAAAACACAACAAAUAUCCCCAAAAAAAUUGCUUUUAUUGGAUCAGGUCCACUUCCACUUACCUCACUUGUUUUAGCUACUAAACAUCUUACUACUACUUAUUUUCACAACUAUGACAUUGAUGUUGAUGCUAAUUCCAUGGCGGCCGCCCUUGUGGCGGCCGAUCCUGACUUGUCAAGCCGUAUGACUUUUCAUACGGCCGACAUCAUGGAUGUAACGUGUGCCUUGAAAGACUACGAUGUAGUCUUUCUGGCCGCGUUGGUUGGUAUGGAUAAAGAGGACAAAGUUAAGGUUGUUGAUCAUCUUGCUAAAUACAUGUCUCCAGGGGCUACCCUGAUGCUUAGAAGUGCACAUGGUGCGCGCGCUUUUCUCUACCCUGUCCUCGAUCCUCGUGAUCUACGAGGAUUUGAGGUACUUUCGGUGUACCAUCCUACAGAUGAGGUGAUUAAUUCUGUGAUAAUUGCGCGAAAAUUGCCAGUUCCUUGUGUUCAACCACUUGAUGGAUUGGGUGCCUAUGUGUUACCUAGCAAAUGUGCUUGUGCUGAGAUUCAUGCUUUCAAUCCACUCAAUAAGAUGAAUUUGGUUGAGGAAUUUGCACUUGAGGAGUGAGAUUUAUGUGUUGAAGAAUUUAUAAUUUGUCUUGUGCUAUGUUUUCAUUAUAUUAUGUUCCUCAUAAAUGUGGAGUACUUCCAUUUUGAUUUUUCAUUAUUAGUAGUAAUACUUUGUUGUUGUAUCCCUAACUGUUUGAUCAGUGUGUCCCAUUUGUGUGUCUCAAACUACAAAAAAAAAAAAAAAAGGCAUGACACUAUGAGGCCUUUUGUUAAUCUUACAAAUUUUAUCUAUAUGAAUAUCAACCAUAUUGAAA